UGCUGAGGACUGAGGCACAUGCCUAUUUUCAGUUACUUUGGUUGCUUGGGUUUUAACCUUAUGUUUGCUUCUCUGUCACCGGUGGUUUGAUCCCAGAGACAAGUUGCAGGGAUGGCUACGCUUCACCUCACAAACCCUAAUCAGUUAUUUUCAUCUUCUUCGGUUACUGUUGGGUUUCGUCAGAUGAUGCUCUCCCGUGAUGGUCUCCAUAUUGCUGCUGCUCCGAGUGUUCGUCGAAGAAGCUCACGGAGUAGAAGCAACUGUGGUAUCUUCUGUUCUUCUUCUGCCUUCCCUCCCACGGAGUCAGCUAAGAUUAAGGUAGUGGGUAUUGGUGGUGGAGGAAAUAAUGCUGUUAAUCGCAUGAUUGGAAGCGGAUUGCUGGGUGUUGAGUUCUAUGCCAUAAACACGGAUGCUCAGGCUCUAUUACAAUCUUCUGCAGAGAACCUUCUUCAAAUUGGCGAGCAAUUGACUCGUGGACUAGGUACAGGUGGUAAUCCUCUUGUGGGAGAACAAGCUGCAGAGGAAUCAAAGGAAGCAAUAGCAAAUGCUCUCAAGGGCUCAGAUCUUGUGUUUAUUACAUCAGGUAUGGGUGGGGGUACUGGUUCUGGUGCUGCUCCUGUUGUUGCCCAGAUAUCAAAGGAAGCAGGUUAUUUGACCGUUGGUGUGGUUACCUACCCUUUUAGCUUUGAAGGACGUAAGAGAUCUGUUCAGGCAUUGGACGCUAUUGAAAAAUUACAAAGAAAUGUUGAUACUCUUAUAGUAAUUCCCAACGACCGUCUAUUGGAUAUUGCUGAUGAACAGAUGCCCCUUCAGGAUGCUUUCCUUUUCGCUGAUGAUGUUCUACGCCAAGGAGUCCAAGGGAUUUCUGACAUUAUCACAAUACCUGGACUGGUGAAUGUGGAUUUUGCAGAUGUCAAGGCGGUCAUGAAGGACUCUGGAACUGCAAUGCUUGGAGUGGGGGUUUCUUCCAGCAAGAAUCGUGCUGAAGAAGCAGCUGAGCAAGCAAUUUUAGCUCCUCUGUUUGGAUCAUCAAUACAAUCUGCUACAGGAGUUGUGUAUAAUAUCACUGGAGGGAAGGACAUAACCUUGCAAGAAGUAAAUAGAGUAUCUCAGGUAGUUACUAGUUUGGCAGAUCCUUCAGCGAACAUAAUAUUUGGGGCGGUGGUGGAUGACCGCUACAAAGGUGAAAUCCAUGUGACAAUUAUUGCAACCGGCUUCUCACAGUCAUUUCAGAAGAUGCUAUUGACAGAUCCCAAGGCGGCCAAGUUGGUAGAGAAAGCAGCAGGGAGCCAAGAAAGCAAGUCCGGAUCUGCUUUCACUCAGCAGUCACCGGCUGCAGCAUCCAUUGUUAAAUCUUGGGCCUCACGAAGAUUGUUCUUCUAGCCUUCACUUCUUAGGAUAACUGAAUUUUAAUUUAUUUUUUCUUUCUUGGUUGUAAGAAGGUUUUCUGUGUCUUCUUUUUUCCCCUUUGUUGGGGUUGGGAGGUCUUCAAUCUCUUUGUCAUGUAAUGUUCUUGAAACCCUUUUUUGAUCAUGUACAUACCAUUUUGAGGUUCUCUCCUGGAGCUGAUUUCUUCUCAUCUUUUCUGUUUGUAAAAAGGAAAUUUAUAAAGCA